AUGGCCUCCUCCACCGGAAUCCCCUCGUCACCGAGCCGACUUAGCAAGAGCGCCAGCCUCCGCGGCCUCUGGUCAGACACGCAGUCCAACCUCACCCGUCUCCUACGCGCCAAUCCCAGCCGUAGCCCGCCGUCCUCGGGAAGGUCCACCGUAUCCAGGUCUAGCAGCGCGAUCCGCUUCGAGAUCAGCCUGCCGCGCCGGCCCGGCGUCCCCGCCUCGCGAUGCUGCAGCAAGGGCACCUUCGUCGCGAUCGCCUGCCCGCCCUUGGCGGUCUACCACAUGCACCACGAUUGGAACGACAGGAGAGUAUGGCUCGCAGUGGCGCUGACGCUGGGAGGCUGGAUUCCUGGCGUGGUUUGUGAGUGCCCAUGA